CGAGCGUCUACCGCUCAUAGUCGUCCCCUCCGUUCGGCAUCCCGGUGAUCCCUUUGUUUUUGUUUUACCCGCACCCCAAACUCGUUUUUCAUCUGUUAAAGCCCCUCAAAUGUUAAUCAGUGACCGAAACCCCAUCGCCCCACGAGAGUAUAAAAUCAAGUGUUGAAGAAGUGAUCUAAAAACAGUGAAUAAAACGUGAAUUGAAUAGUGCACAUGCGAGAGCCGAGCACCUCGCGCAUUCCGUGAGAUUCCGCUGGAAGGUUAACCCUCGGCUGCUACCGACACGUCUUCAAGAUUUUCGGGGCACGGAUACACGAACCACACCUGAAAUGCCGAUUCCUUUUUAAGACAACUGGGAGAAUGUCUAGCUCCGCAAGUACCUGCGGUGGUAGCGCCAGCGGGGGAAGUGGAGCUCUCAGUCUCAUGGGGUGUGUAAGGGAGGCAUCUCCACCCCCGCAGGAUCACGGCGGCAUGGGGGAGGUUGGGGGACAACGGGGAGCUGAUACACUUCCUAAGGAACCAAAAAAACGAAGAUUUCAUCCUCUCCGAGGCCUCCGUCGGAUUUUCCGUAGGAAAAGCCGAGGGGCUGCUGAUGCGCGAAUUAAUUCGAGAAAUGGUGAACGAGAUGGUGAUCUACCAACUAGAGAUAGAGAGGAAGUGACUCUGAGACAUCCAGCUGGAGUACCUGAAGAGGCUCGAAGCCGUAGUGCCAGUGAAUUGCUCACAGACUCCUGCGAUCGUCAGAGCCGAAGACGAAUCAUGUGGCCCAAAAAAUACAGAAUAUCCUUGAGGAAUUCGUUCAAUCAUGUUUUCCUGAGACGUAGCGGGAUAGACGAAUCAUUUGCGAAGCUGCGAGCUGGCUCGGGUCAACUCUCAGUGUCCCACGACAGUGUAUUCCCCGGGGAAGUGCCCCAUACCCGACCGCUGUCAUCCCUGGAUACCCUGGCAACACUAGAAAGACGACAAACCAAAGCCAGUGCCGAGGCUGUGCACAAGGAUUACGGAUCGUACGGGCCUUACAAUCAUCGGAUAUCACCGAGAGUGCUGGAGCAAAUAAAAACGGCCAUAGAGAGCCGGAACCAGCUGGCCUCGUCGACCUCACCAGAGUCCACUCACGCCCCGAACGCGACCGGCGAACGCUAUCAGCAGGAAACCAAUGAGAAUCGUUUCACAAGAUCAGAGAAGCGAGACCGAAUCGAGGAAGAACCCGCCAAAUUCCGGGUUACGAGAACACAGCAGGAUGUUGUGGAGAGGAUCACAGCGACGCCAAAGGAGGAUUUACCGGAACUGGAGAGUGCAAGUCUGAGUCACACAGCAGCGCACCACCGCAUAGCGAUCCGGCCAAAGAACCGCAGGCCCCCGCGAAGGCCGACCCCCAGCUCCUCCUCCACGGUGACCGUCAUCUCCGAGAGUUCGGACACCCUGGACAGUCUCGAGCCAAUAAUGAGUUCGCCAGGAAGUUCGCCAGUUGCGCCAAAGGCGCCCUCGAUCCUGCGAAAGUCGUCGAGUCGCCUCUCCCGAAACUGCGAGCUCUUCGAGGAGUUGGAAUCGAAGCUCCCGAGGAAGCCAGCGAGCGUGGCCUCGCUGUCGCCGGACAGCCUGGACUCCACAGCGAAAACGAUCCUCGAUAACUCCGAAGCUGAGGAGCCCCAGGAGAGGAAGGCAGUGGUCCGCAGGCCCUCGAGCAGAGUCUCGAAGGGGUCCGACGUGUUCGAGGAGUUGGAGUCGCGUCUCCCAAGACGAAGGUCCAUCAGCAGACUGUCAAAGUCUCCGGACAGCCUCGAGAACUCCUUCUCAAAGUCCUCAGAGGGCUUCGACAAGCUGACGGAGCACGAGGAGGUGAAGCCAGCUGCGCGGCGACUGCAGACGUCGAUCUCCAAGUCGACAGAGGGCUUCGACAUGAUAUCGGAGGCUGUGGAGGUGCGACCGAUGCCCAGAAGACUGCCAACUGCCAUUUCCAAGUCGACCGAGGGCUUCGACAAACUCAUGGAGCACGAUGAGCCUCGACCAGUGGCCAGAAGACUCCUUCUGCCAAUGUCAAAGUCCUCGGACGUCGUCUCCAAGUCCUCGGAUAGUCUGGAAGUGCUGGAGGCACUCACCAGUGAUGACUCGAUUGAGAGGAGACGAAGUAGCUUCGAGAUGAGACCCAGGAGGGGGGUCAAGGUCAUGUCCAUGUCCUCGGAGAAUUUCGAGGCUCUAGAGCAGGUGCAGGAGCAGAAGAGAAAUAGCGCUUGUGAUGUCAGUCUUUCCCGGGGAAAGAGACAAUGCAAGAUUAUUUCCAAGUCGAGCGAGAGCUUCGAGGCCAUGGAGACGAGUUUGGAGGGGAAUAGGGGGGGCUUGGAGCUGGGGAAGUACGGCUGGAGGUCCGGGAAGAGGGUCUCCUCGGAGAGCUCGGAUAAUUUUGAGGGGGAGGAGAGGUGCGAGAGGAAGAGCAGGAGGCCGAAGAGGGUCUCCAGCUCGACUGUCAUCGAUAUCUUCCCCGGGGAGGGGCUGGGGGAGGAGGAGAAGGACUUCCGGAGGAAGGCGAGGGUGCAAAAGUCCUCGGAGAGCUCCGAACUGGGGAGCACUGAUACGCUGGACUCGGAGAGGAGGAAUAAGUCCGAUAGCACUGAGACUCUCGAUAGCCUGGAGAAGGAUGGCGAACAGGAGGGACGCGAUGAGGACAUGGGGGAUGAUGAUAAACGUGAUAAACAUGAUUCAUGGAUAAAACCCGAAUCAGAGCCGACGAACGCAGUCACCACGACCCCAGAGGAGCCAAAAACCCCCGAGAAGAGCUACUGGCGUCAGACAUCAGAAUCAAAAGAGAACAUCGACAUCCACCAGCUGCUGGCCCUGACGAUCGUCAGUCGCAUAUCCGACAACGGUAACAACCAGCGAAACUCAGCCCAGUUCCCCAAGAAGAAGCUAGCCUCACCCCCGACAUCUCCCAUCAAACAAGAAGACAACAAAUUACUCUUCAACAGUUUAUUGUCCAACAAAAACGAUGAGGAUCUCCAGAAUAUGUUGAAUGGGAACAUAUCCGAGGUAUCGACUGACACCAAAAGCUUCAAGGAGAAACUCAUAAUGUUCGAGAAGCUGGGAAAAUAAUUAAGUAAUUCUCAACCAGUUGUAAUUAACAAUCAGCCAAUUUAAAUGGCCUCAAGAGAAUGUAAUUAAAGUGUUCUUGCUACUAUGGAGAUUAAUCCUCUCGCAAUGCAAAUUGUACAUUAAAUCAAAACAUAAUUAAAAUUAUUCUCAACUUAGUGACGCCUAAUUAGUCCACGUGCUGAGCACGAGUCAAAAUUAUGUACAAAACUAAGUGAAAAAAAAAACGUAAUUCAAUUACAAUAAUCAAUCGUACUGUGUCACUUCCAAUAUCAUCGUUUUGUUUUUCUACGAAUGUAAAUGUAAUGUAUGUAAUAUGUAGUUUGUGGUCGAUGAAACGAUAAAGAAAUGAUUGAACGUAAAUUAUUUAAGUGCCUGUCAUCUUCAUAUCUAUUCUCCUCGUUGCCUAAAUAAAAUAACAAGCCUAUUAUCGAAUAAAGAGGCAUUUGAAGCAUUUUUUCAAAUGUGAAUGUAUGAUACUGCAGUGUUUUAUCCACUUAUCGUUACUGUAAUUAUCCUCCAUCGAUGUGUAAAUAGAGAUUAGAUGGGUAGGUGACAAUUGGAAUUACACAAACUGCUGGAUUAUUUCCUGAAUUAGUAAAUUAUUAAUGCGAGAGAUUAUUGGAGAGAUUGAUACUCGUGUGGUUACCCUUCAUUAUGAGCCAAAGACUAGAGGCUCACAGAUUUAUGGAAUAUGUUGUGUUGUUUUAAAUUCUCAGCUGGAAUGACUGUAAAUAUAAUAAAAAGAGUAUUGAAAAUUAAAACAGUUUCUAUCAGAAGCGAUUCCAAUAUUUUUUUUUUUAAUUUUUUGGAAUAUUUUGGACGAUUUGCGGCACGUUGAUGAGGGAUUUAAUGCCUAAAAAUAAUCCCCGAGGUGAAUUGUUUGAUAAUCCAGACAGUCAUUGGAUUUUUUCAAUAGUGAAAUGAUGAAUUGGAAUGUGGAAUCCAUUGUUAUCUCGAUGACGAGUGGUUCUAGGAAAAAAUGUCAAAAGAUAUUUUUUGCUGGAAAUUUAAUUCUCUGCAAAAAAGAUUUUCUGACAUUUUCCCGUAAAACCAAUCAUUUUCGAGAUAAAUAAACAAAUAACAAAAAUGUUGAAUGACUCUUGUUAGAAAUUAUCAUUUCUUCAUUGAUUAAAUCAUAAUUUGGAAAGAGAUAUACGCAUUAGUCACUCAGAAGAAAUAUAUAUGUACAAACAUUGUAAUGAAUGUUUAGGCGACGAACAUAAAGAAUAAACCUCAUUGAAUCAGAAACAAAA